GCGGCCGCCGGUCGCCGUGGCUUCCCGCUCGCGGAGGGAGGGCAGGUGGAGGACUGGACUUGGGAACCUGCCCGUACAGGGUUUGGGACCUUUCCGAAGUGAAAAAUAACGCUGAUCGAUGUGCAGUCGGGCGGUGCGGCCCGCAGCGCGUUGCUGUGGGGAAGGGGCCGGAGGAGCGGCCUCGGCGGCGCCUGGCUGUGGGAAGGCGGGGCGGCAGCUGUGUGCAGAGCCCGGCUCUGCCCGUGGGCCUUCGUGCCCCCAUGAGCGCGUUUUGGCUUUUACAGCCACUCGUGCUAAUUUGCGUUCUGCGUAUGUCGCUGUGACUUGCGAGGAAGGUGGAACUCUGUGGUGUCACGCAGCGCCCGAUUUGGUGCCGUUGAGAGCUGCUGGGGUGUGUGCCGUGGGCUUUGUGUCCAAGGGACUCGAAGCGCUUCCCAUCGCUGCGUUCUGCUGCUGAUUGAGGGUUCGCCUUGUACCCCGGCCGCCGGGAUGGCCCCUUUUUGUGUGCUAGCCGUCUGUCGGGUUUCUUACGGCAGUUGAAUAUUAGUCAUCAUGCUUGUGCUGUGAGUAAAGGCUACUUGAGGUCUCUUUGACGCAGUGUUAUAAGGAAGAAAACUUUCUAUUUUAGGUGAUGUGAGCUGACUUGCAAGAGAAGAAGCAGCCAUGUCAGCUCUGUGUCCACCACCAUCUCCUGCAGUUGCUAAAACAGAGAUCUCUAUGAAUGGCGAGUCACCUUUAUUAGCUGCCACUUUUGCUUACUGGGACAAUAUCCUUGGCCCCCGAGUACGGCACAUCUGGGCCCCAAAGACAGAUCAGGUACUUCUCAGUGACGGUGAAAUAACUUUUCUUGCUAACCACACCCUGAAUGGAGAAAUACUUCGGAAUGCAGAAAGUGGUGCAAUAGAUGUGAAGUUCUUUGUCUUGGCAGAAAAAAGGGUAAUUAUUGUGUCAUUAAUCUUUGAUGGAAACUGGAAUGGAGACAGAAGCACAUACGGACUAUCGAUUAUACUUCCACAAAGUGAACUUUCCUUCUACCUGCCUCUUCACAGAGUAUGCGUGGAUAGAUUAACACAUAUUAUAAGGAAAGGAAGAAUAUGGAUGCAUAAGGAGAGGCAAGAGCAUUUCCAGAAGAUUGUCUUGGAAGGCACGGAGAGAAUGGAGGAUCAGGGCCAGAGCAUCAUUCCAAUGCUAACAGGAGAAGUUAUUCCUGUGAUGGAGCUCCUUUCAUCUAUGAAAUCACACAGUGUUCCGGAAGAAAUAGAUAUCAGUGACACAGUACUGAACGACGAUGACAUUGGGGAUAGUUGUCAUGAAGGUUUUCUCCUCAAUGCAAUUAGUUCACAUCUGCAGACCUGUGGUUGUUCUGUAGUUGUAGGAAGCAGCGCAGAAAAAGUUAAUAAGAUUGUGAGAACGCUGUGCCUGUUCCUUACCCCGUCGGAGCGGAAAUGUUCCAGACUCUGCAGAAGUGAGUCUUCUUUCAAGUACGAGUCAGGGCUUUUUGUUCAAGGUUUACUCAAAGAUGCAACAGGAAGCUUUGUGUUGCCCUUCCGUCAAGUGAUGUAUGCUCCAUACCCUACUACACACAUAGAUGUAGAUGUCAAUACAGUGAAGCAGAUGCCCCCUUGUCAUGAACACAUCUACAACCAACGACGGUAUAUGAGGUCUGAGCUGACAGCAUUUUGGAGAGCUAAUUCAGAUGAAGAAAUGUCUCAAGAUCCUAUUAUCCACACAGAUGAGAGCUUCACACCAGAUUUGAAUGUUUUUCAAGAUAUCCUGCAUCGAGACACAUUAGUAAAAGCCUUCCUGGAUCAGAUCUUUCAUCUGAAACCUGGCUUGUCUCUAAGGAGUACAUUCCUUGCUCAGUUCCUGCUAGUCCUUCAUAGGAAAGCUUUAACUUUAAUAAAAUACAUAGAGGAUGACACGCAGAAAGGAAAAAAACCUUUUAAAUCUCUCCGUAGCUUAAAGAUAGAUCUCGACCUAACAGCAGAGGGCGAUCUUAACAUAAUAAUGGCUUUGGCUGAGAAGAUUAAACCUGGUCUGCAUUCCUUCAUCUUUGGGAGGCCAUUCUACAUCAGUGUGCAAGAGCGUGAUAUGCUAAUGACCUUUUAAAAUUCUCCACUGUUAAUGUGUAAUAUUGCAUGGCGCUGAGAGCAAUCUGUCGGUGUGAGCAGCAGGCUUGUGACAAUCAUUGACCUGAUUUACGAGGGGUGGGUAGAAACAGAGUAGUGGUGCCGUCUGUCGGAAGCAGUCUUGUUAAGGGGAAUAUCAGCCUAGAUAGGUGGUUUGGGUGAACCCCUUUUUCUGUGUGCUUUUUCGGUAGUAAAAGUAAACAUGAUCAGAAGUUCCUUUGCUGUAUGGGCUCACUAGGUAAAUUUGAAUGUGUUUCGGAUAAAGGAAGGCGUUGUUGUUUUCUUUCCCCACGGAUUUCUUUCAGGUGUGUGUUUUCCCCUGCUCAGUACAGAGCCAGAAUUUUUAGUGUUUCCACAAAAAAAAAAACCAAAGGAUGCUUCCUCUCUAAUCUGG